CCCCUUACGGAGUUCAGAGGUCGGGCUUGGACCCAGACAUGCCAACCUAGCAGUAAAGUGUACUCUGUGAAUUUGUGUUAUUUAAAAGAUCCAGCGAUUGAAUUGAAACAUGGAGAACGAUAUUCUGGAUUCUCUGGAGGACCUUGGGUACAAAGGUCCCCUGCUAGAGGAUGGGGCACUGGACCAGGCAGCGAGCACAGGGGCCGCCUCUCCGGAGUUCACCAAGCUGUGCGCCUGGAUCGUCUCCGAACUCAAGCUCUACUGCAAGCUUGAGGAGAAUGUGCAUGCUACAAACUGUCCCACCGAGGCAGAGGGGUUCCAGCUGGAGAUGAGCGGCCUCCUCGCGGAGCUGGUGUGCCCCUACUCCGUCCUCACCACCGGGGACGUCACCAAGCGCCUGCUCGACAGGGGCAACUGCUUGCUCCUCCUCACCUUCCUGAUCUCCGAGCUUGAGGCCUCCAGGAUGAUCCUGGUGAACAGGCCGCAGAAGCAGGUACAGGAGGCCGGGGGCAGCGACGUCUUCGUGGAGCUGAAGGGCAUCUGCAUGGCCCUGGGCAUGUCCAAGCCGCCUGCCAACAUCACCAUGUUCCAGUUCUUCAGCGGCAUCGAAAAGAAACUGAAGGAAGCUUUGUCCAAGGUCCCACCAACUCAUGUAGGAGGACCUCUGAUGAAGAAACCCUUGGGUCCAGUACACUGGGAGAAAAUUGAAGCAAUCAACCAAGCACUUGUGAAUGAAUAUGAAGUCAGGAGAAAGAUGCUGCUGAAACGUCUGGACGUGACAAUCCAGUCAUUCGGGUGGUCGAGCAGAGCUAAGACGCACGCUGACAAGCUGGCCAAAGUGUACCCGCCGCUGCGUUCCACCCUGGCCUCGAAGGGCACGGUGUCCGUCGCCCACCUCUUCGCCGCCAGGGAGGACCUCUCCAAAAUCCUGCGGACGAGCAGCGGGAGGAUCCGGGAGAAGACUGCCUGCGCCAUCAACAAGGUUCUGAUGGGGCGUGUACCUGACCGAGGUGGGAGACCCAAUGAGAUCGAGCCCCCCCCUCCGGAAAUGCCCACCUGGCAGAAGCGGCAGGAUGGGCCCCAGGGAGGGGGUGGACAGCAGUAUGGAGGGGGUGGCAGAGGAGGAGGAGGUGGUGGAAGGGGAGGCUAUGACCAGGGAGGGCGAGGAGGUUAUGAGCGUGGGGGCAGUAGGGGUGGAGGAGGUGGAGGUGGUGGCAGGGGGGGUAAAGUUCAAGGAAACUGGUCGGAAGGUGGGAGCGGAGGUGGUGGCGGAGGUGGUUACCACGGCAACUACCAGGAGGGAGGCGGCCACCAAGGAGGUGGGGGGAGGGGAGGUUACGGUGGCGGAAAUUAUCAGGGCGGGUUUCAGGGCUCUACUUACCAAGGAGGGGGGGGAUACCAGGGUGGGGGCGGCGGAGGCAGCGGCGGAGGCGGCGGCGGAGGCAGCGGAGGCUAUCAGGGUGGAGGGGGCGGGUACCAGCAAGACAACCACUACCAGGAAAGAGGUGGCCGAGGCGGGCGAGGGGGUCGGAGCAGAGGCGGACGGGGAGGACAAGGAGGUGGCUGGGGAGGGCGAGGCGGGCAGAAUUUCAACCAAGGGGGGCAGUUUGAGCAGUUCUUCCAGCAGGGGGGCCAUCAGUAUAACCAGGCCGGCUUCGGGCAGGGCAGGCACUACACAAGCUGAGGGGGAACCACCCUGGCGGGGUGAUCGCGGCACUGCUCACACAGAAGCUCCUUCGAAUGAGAGAGACAGGAAAGACGCCUUACAGGUUCAGUGCGAAGAAGCAGAGAGAACUUCCCAUAGCGAGAUUUUUUUUUCUUUUUUUCCUUUUUUGGUUUUGCAGGUCGAGUGCUCUUUCGGUGGGGAAUGUGAAAUCGGUGUUGCACUAAUGUUGGACGCUGACAAGCAUCCAUCUGACCCAAGCUAGUUUCCACUACCAUUUUUCUGCAUCACAUGACUUUGUUCAACAAGUUUAGCUUUGAUUGUUCUGAUGUAAUCAGCACAUACAGCACACCUUGUUUCAGGUAUGAGACAACUCCUAUUAUCCUCGUUCACCAGAUGGUCCCUGAAGCUAAAGAAAGCUGACCUGCAAUAUUUGUGUGUUUACCAUUGGAAAUAAUACAUUAACUGUUCUGUAACAACACUGGGUUGAUACUGACAAGCCUUAUCUUGGGGACUAUUUGAGAGGUAUAGUGUUGUCCGAGUCCAGAAUUUCUGUGUCACAAGUACAUUUUCUGACCGUGACACCACAUGAACAUUUUCAUAAUGUCUCCUGUUGAAAAAUGGUGUUGAAUUCUUGAAGUCCAUCCUCUAGCUUUUUUUUUCAAUGAGAAAAUACUUGAAAGGACAUGUAUUUCUUCUCCAGUGAGAUUUGCUUUAAACAUGUGUGUUCAUUGGACUGGACUGCUGCCAUUUUGGAGAAGAUUGACUGUGGUUUUGCUGUUGCAAAUAACCGUGAUGGACUUUAAUGUUACUUUUUUGGGGAAAAAAGCCACGUGAUGCUGCUUUUUUUGGAAAUGUUGUGUACAUACAUUAUUAGGAGAUGUGAAAGACAUUGAACGUGUGAUUGAAUGAAAAGUGAGCAAUAAAAAAAGAUAAAAUGAA